AUGAGCACUAUUUAGCUAAAAACCGUAGUAGAGACGGACGUUUCGAGUGAACUCGAUUCGGUGACGGUGAAUCGAACCGACCCGCGGCGACAGUGUUGUGAUAUUCAGUGAUUGGUGCCUGACCUUGGAUUAAUUAUUGGGUUGUCCAGGAAGUUUUAGAAUGGAAGCCCAUCCUGAGUCGUCGGUGGCCAGUCUGCAAGCGCUGGACUUCACAUCCUGUCCAAAGCGACAACCAAAUACAGGGUUCGCCGAUCCUCCGGUUCUAGAUCUUUCCUGCAAGAAGCAGAACGCACCGACGACCAAGGAACCGAUCUCGCACGUUUCGCGUUCGCGUUCACCCGCCAUCACGGAGAAACAAGAACAACAACCUGCUCAUUUCACCGAUUCGGAACGGAAGAGUCCUUUCGAGGGGCGAACGUUCAUGGUGACGCCACCCUCAGAGUCCGACUCGCCUAAGAAAAUUAAGUACGAACCGAUCUACAAUUGCGCGAACGUGACGAGCAAUACCUUAAUCGGUCAACACGGUGGUUACUCUGCUCUGCCGAUUCCAAUUCCAGUUGUACCAACGAUAUUACCGAUAUUCGCUCAAAACGGUGCCACAGCGAAUCCAGUUCAAAUGAUGGACACAUCCGCGACAUCCACGACGAUGACAUCUCCUAGCAGUGAAACAUUAUCCAAUCUGUCCACGGAUCCUGGAAAGAAAACGCCCAGACCGUUCAAAGCUUACCCAAAGGACCCACUGUCGCUCACCAUGGGAGCGGCUGAAAUAGUGUACGAUCCGAAUUCGAAUGAGGCGUACUCGGAAUUUCGCAAACGAAUGCUCGAAUCGGUGAGGCGAUCGAACGAGGGAACGAAUAUCAAAAUGCGUCGGGCUUCAAAGAGUCCCGGACUACCAACCAGCACCGUCGACGAGAAGGACGCGGCGUACUGGGAAAGGAGGAGGAAAAACAACGAGGCUGCAAAACGCUCCAGGGACGCUCGAAGAGCGAAGGAGGACGAGAUCGCUAUCAGGGCGGCUUUUCUAGAACAAGAAAAUAUGAAAUUGAAAUACGAACUCGUGGCGCUUAGGAACGAAACAGCUAAGCUUAGGUGCAUGGUCUAUUCGACUUAGCGUCGGGAUAGUUUGUACAGGACUCGUUUAUAAGUUGUUAAUAGUCUAGUGUUCGCGAGGAGAAGAAUUAAUUGGCGAUCAGGCAUUAGGGAAGCAAUAGUUGCCGUUAGAUUCGUGAAUCUGUAAACAUUUCUGUUGCGUCUUACGAGUAACGUCUGCGAUUCUUUCUUCUUGUAAUUAUUUUUUUUAUUUUCAAGAUACAUUUCUUACGGAUUAAGUGAAAUUCUCGGAUUCAUGUCGUCGUUGUGUAUUGUAUAAAAAGCGUUUCUGAUGAUGUAGUAUUAGUAUCUAGGAACUAAAUUGUUCGAGGAUGUAUGAAUUUUUGUGCCAUGCAGUACUGUUACAGUAAUUGACAAAGUUGUUGAGAUUACCAAGUCAUUUAUAACGUAACGAAGAUUGCGCCGAAUAGGCUAUCUGAUAUUAGCUUUACCAAAAAUAUGGAACUUUAAGUAUUUUUAUACGAUUAUAGUGAAACAACCGAAUUUAUAUAUUAAAUAAAACGGGCAGGGGGAAUCAUGUAAAUAGGUGAGAAUGGGUAGAAACGAUAUAAGACGUCUAGUUUUGUAAGCCGCAUUGUACAUAUAGAUAUUGUUGCGAUAUUUAAAAUAUAUUUAUAGUAAAAGAGUGUCAUUUAUAAAACAAAA